AAUUCAGACGGCAAUGAUUCAUUGGUGAUUGGUUUAUCCGUCGUUUUGGCGAUGACGAUAUCUGCCAUGUCUGCAUUGGUUGGUUACAUUGUGUAUGAUGUGGUAAAGAAUAGAAAGAAGCAAAAGACAGAAGAUACCAAUCCGCAGAUCGAGAUCUCAGAUUUGACGGCUGCACGUGUUAAUACAGGAGAAACCUCUGGCCAUCAAUACCAGGAGUACCUGCCACAGCGCGGCAAAAAAAAUGCAGUCAGCUUGGCUGGUAAUGAUUCCCAUUAUCAGUCUCUCGAUCCACAGAAAAGAUCCAAGCAAAGUGGAGGCUUUGGUAUAGAAUCUUCUUACCAGGUCGUUGGUGGACCGGGGAAAUCUUCUUUGUCCCACACGGAAGAGGCAAUAUACGAGAACGCCUGAAUCACAUGGAUCCUCAGAGACAGAAGCAGAAGCAUUUGGCGUAGAAAAAAAAAACAAUAAUUCGCUAAAACAGUACAAUGUUAAAAUAUGAUACACUGGAACCUCAUCUUACGAACACCAAACAGUCGCAGAAGAAAUCUUCCUUCAGAAAAUGUAUCCGUAGAGGUUUUCAUAACGUUGUGAUAAUCUUUCUUCACACCGAUUCAAUCGCCGAGACCUACCAUUAAAAGGUAUUAAAUAGGUCUAUCAGUACAUAAUAUGAGAUCAGAGAUCAUUUUUUGGAUCGGGGAUCACAUUUUUUGUCAUUUUGGUGGAGGGGGAGGGUUCAAGGAUCAAAGUUUGAGCAUUGGCAUUGGGAUUUGAAAAUAUUAUGUAGUGGUCUCAGUGAUUCAUGAUCUAAAAGUUAUUCAGAGACUGAUGAGGAACACGGAUCAAAUAGUCAUUAUUUCGAGAUCAAGGAUCAGACUUUUAGCCCUGUGAUUGGGCAUCACUGACAGAACUAUGCCUCGUUACUACACUGCGAUAGGGCUGUUGUAAUGAAGAAGUCUUCCAUGAAACUGCUGUCCGUAAGGAGAGGUUCCUGUGCAUUUCCGUUAGGUUAAUAAGCUCCUGUAAGCUCUAUGGUAAUAAACUUGGUUUAAAAAGUUGUAUUAAAAACAUUAAGUUGUAUUAAAAACA